UAGCUCUUUAUUAUAAUUUCUAACAAGGCUGUAACCAUGUAUUAACAUUUGGUGGACCAAAUGUGACUAGGGGUGUGGGUUGGAGUGUGAGGGGGUAUUAAGAAAAGAUUAAACACAUUUUUGGAAGUUUAAAGUGAAUUUGAGUGUAAAUUAAGAAAUGUCCACUGUAUGCAUUGUAAAAAAAAAAGUUCCUUUGAAAAUUGCAGUACCUUGCCAGUACGUUAUUCUCAAUUAUUUGAGUGUUAUUACUAUAAUGUAAAAUACAGUAAUCAUUACUUUACUGCAAGUGCAGAGUAUGACACUGUAAUAGCUCAUUGUAAUCAAACAAGAUUAUUUUAUGUGAAAUAAAUAAAAGGUUUACUCGAUUUGCUCAUAGCCUAUUCAUGCAUACAAAAGCAAAACAGUAAUACAUUUGCAAAUGAAAGUCCUAUCAUUCUCUAAUGAAUUGGGAUACCACAUGGGGAUUCAGGAAUGCUGCUGUCUUUUGGACUAUUUGUCCGGUCUGACAGCUGAUGUGGACCUUUGAGGAACACUUCUUCUGCCCUAUCAGCUUUUCAGAAACUUUGAUUUUCAUCAUUGGCCAGUUUUUUUUUUUUGCAGUCAAAACCUUCACUGUGAAUGGUUCCACAAUGAAAGUAAUAGUUCUGUAUCCCAUGUCUAUAAAUGGUUGCCCAUAAUGCAUUGCCAUUCACAGUAGUUAAGAGUAAAAUAAUUUCACAGUAUGAUACUGCACAAUAUACUGUAAUAUACUGUGCCAUUUACAAAAAAUGCUUAGAGUGUAUAAUAAUAUUUCAGAACUUCUGUUGACAUAAAUAUAUUCUUAAUUGGUAAAAGAAAAAAAAUAUUGAAGAACAUUCAGCUGGUAACUAUAUGAUUGUAGUCAUAUUAACUACAGGUUCAAUAUUAGGACAGUAAGCAUAUAAUCAACUGGAACAUAUUGUCUACGACUAUAUGACUCUGCUAUAUGAAUUCGUAUCAGAUCCGUUUCUCGGUGAUUGGCUUCACUGCCCAACUUGAAUCGAACAUGUUCUCUGUUGAGGUUCAAUUAAUAUGCUGAAUCAGAAUAUUUUUGUUCAGAAAUGUUUUGAGGACAGUCUGUUAUUCAGCAUUCACAAUAUGUGUGUACACAUUUUAGGUAAUUAAUGCAUUUAAACAUGUCAUUUUAUAUAAAGCAAUUAUGGUGGUUUAUAUAUUGAAAUGUAUUUAUAUGUUUACGUAUUCAUUUAGCCAAAGCUGGCUUCUGACAAAAAAGACCGAAAAAAAAAUAGAUUUAAAAUUAAUAGUCGGCAUUACUUUUAUCUCGGUUUAUUACAAUUAUUAUUUAACAUAAUGAAUAUUAUCAGUGGUUGACUUGAGAAUUUGCUUUACUUUUUAAUUUAAAAGUGAACCUUACCAUAUCGUGCGCACAGCGUCGCUGUUGACUCGCAAGACGCAUCCUUUAGAUGACCAUAGAGAAGGCAGGCAGGAAAUCAGAAGUGAGAAAGAAGCAUUGACGCUGUCCGUGAAAGAACCUUCCUCUACAUUUUCUUUUAUUUGUUCAAUUUUGUGGCCAUAUUCCUUUCGAUCCACUGACAGAUAAUUGUGGCAGAUGUUCACUUUUAAGUGCGUUGAGCAUUAAUUCGUUUUGUUGGCUGUAGGCUAUUUAAGUCCUUACGUUAACAAUGGAAUCGAAGGUCUCUGUGUCUGCACAGAAAAGGUACGUUUUGUUUUCCAUUGUUUUUCCGCUGACUUGGAGUGUAGCAUUUUCCGUCACUCGCUACUCCAUUCCCGAGGAAAUGAAGGUGGGGUCCGUUGUUGCGAACUUGGCCGUUGAUUUGGGGCUGGGUGUAGAUGCUCUGUCUCAGCGAAAAAUGCGCCUUGAAAUGUCGACAAGCAAAAAAUAUCUGGAGGUCAACAAAGACACUUGGGAACUUUACAUUAUAGAUAAGAUGGACAGGGAAUAUCUAUGCACGAAUAAAAUGUCUUGCAUCCUUAAAAUGGAUGUUUUUAUCGAAAAUCCGUUGAGAAUAUUUUAUAUUGAACUGGAAAUUACGGACAUCAACGACAACGCUCCGGUUUUCCGAAGGGAUAAAUUACAGUUAGACGUUUCGGAAUCGGCGACGCCAGGAGAGAGAUUUUCGCUUACAAAUGCGGUUGAUCCAGAUGCUGGUGAGAAUUCCAUUAGCACUUAUGAUCUGAAUGAGAGCGAACAUUUUACUAUUGAGAUACAAACCGGAAGCGAUGGAGCCAAGUAUGCAGAUUUGGUUUUGAAGAAGGCUUUAGAUCGAGAACAGCAGGCAGUACAUAAUCUAAUACUCACUGCCGUAGACGGCGGAGUCCCUGCUCGUUCCGGCACCGCCAGCAUCAUUGUGCGCGUGCUGGAUACGAAUGACAACGCCCCUCAGUUUGACCAUCAGGUUUAUUCGGUUAAUAUCUCGGAAAACUCCCCAAUAGGAACACAGGUAUUGAAGCUGAAUGCUACGGAUCUAGACGAGGGCUCAAACGCAGAUAUAAUAUACUCUUUUACAUUCUACACUUCUGAGAAAACACAGGAAAUGUUCUCCUUAAAUCCAAAAACAGGAGAAAUACAAGUUAAAGAUGUGAUUGAUUUCGAAGAAAUAAAAAUUCUGGAGAUGCAUAUUCAGGCGAACGACAAUGGGCAACAACCGCUGUCUGGACAGUGUAUGGUUAUGGUGUUUGUCACUGACGUGAAUGACAACUAUCCUGAGAUCACCAUCAAAUCUUUCAAUAAUGUAAUUAAAGAGAAUGUACCAGUUGGUACAGUAAUAGCCCUCGUGAGUGUAAGCGAUAGGGAUUCUGGGAGUAGUGGAAUUGUAGAUCUUGCGAUAAGCGAUCUGUUUCCAUUUGCGCUUAAUGCUUCGUCUGAAAGCCUUUAUCAGUUGACAGUUUCAGAGCUUUUGGAUCGAGAAACGACUGCAGAAUAUGACAUCACAGUUAUCGCCACAGACCGGGGUACUCCCCCUUUGUCUGAUAACAAAACAAUAACCGUCGAACUCCUGGAUGUUAAUGACAACGCACCACAGUUCCCAAAGUCAUUCUACACCAUCCCUGUUGUAGAAAAUAACGCGCCUGGAUCACUGCUUGGUUCCCUCACAGCAUUUGAUCCAGAUUUUCACGAAAAUCAGUAUCUUGUUUAUUUCAUUAUAGAAAAGGAAAUUGUAAACACGUCAAUGUCGAUGCUCUUUUCCAUUAAUCCAGAGAAUGGAGAUCUUUACGCACUGAAAACUUUUGACUACGAGAGAGAAAAAGAGUUCCUUUUCCACAUUGAAGCCAGAGAUUCGGGUGUCCCUACACUCAGCAGUAAUGUUACUGUCCACAUCAUUAUUCUGGAUCAGAAUGACAACACGCCACUCAUAGUCUCUCCGUGGCGGGCGCACGGAUCUGUGGUUGAGGAAGUGAUCCCAAGAUCCACCGACAAAGGACACCUGAUUGCUAAAGUGAUCGCCAUUGACUCUGACUCUGUGCAGAACUCCCGAGUCACAUACCAGUUUCUACAGGUUCCAGACGCGACUUUAUUCAGCCUGGAUCAGUACAACGGAGAAAUCCGGACAAUGAGAAUGUUCAGUUACAGAGAUCCCCGUCAUCAACGGCUGGUCGUCAUUGCCAAGGACAAUGGAGAUCCUGCUCUUUCUGCUACAGUUACCAUCAAGUUAUCUACGGUGGAACACGUUGUUAAAGCAUUUUCCGAGACGUCUGAAAUUCCUUUGGAAUAUGAUAUAUUUUCGGACUUAAACCUAUAUUUGUUAAUCGGUUUGGGCUCCGUUUCAUUUCUUCUGUUAAUGACAAUAUUGGUAACCAUCGUGCUGAAGUGUCAGAAACCGAAGCCCACCAAAGCGACCCCUCCCUGCAGAAACAGCGUCGUUAGCCAGAGGAGCUCUACUGUAGCAGAUUCCACCCUGGUGUCCAACGAUGCGUACUGGUACAGCUUGUUUUUAGCGGAGACGAGGAAGGGGAAGGUGGUGGUUAGACAGCCUAUACCGAAGAGCGGUGGUUACAUCGUUUCCAGUAUUCCCAGGAGCACUGGUCUGACAGAGACUAGCGAGUCUGCAGCGUCAACUCUGCAGUACUCAAAAUGAAAGGAACCCCCUUCCACAGCUGGAGGCAUCCACCACUAGCGGCAGCUCUGCUUGAGCCCACAACCCCACCCCCCUCUGUGCCCCCCCCCCCCCUUUCCCCACCAGAGGCAACAGAAGGACUCCAUCAGCUGUGACCACCUGCAACUGAACCCCCCUCCCCCACCUUAAAAGAGGAAUAAGCCCCCCUCUCCCAUUAUCUCAUAUCCCAUAACCCUCUGCAAACUUGUAAUGGACUGGCAUCUGAGACAUCUACAUCGAUCACGCAUGACCUUGCAUGGCUGUAGUAACAGAAUGAACUUUUAAAAUUGAAAAGUAAGGGGGGAUAGCGCAUUAUUAUACCAACGUAAUUAUCCUGCUCAGUGAGCAUUUCUGUGGAAAGAUUAAUGCAGUCAAUGAGAUGGAUGUAGCAAAGAGGAGGUGACCCUCUUUAAGACUGCAGCUCUCCUCAAAAACAUGCUCUUCCUCCGUGGGACUAAAACAUCGUAAGCAUUUAAAAACAUAACGGGACAAAAGGGAAAUAAUGCUUUUCUUACUCCGUAGGUUUACUUUCAUUGUGGUUAGUGUUUGAGUGUAGCAUGCUUUUUUUACAUAAACACAUCAAAAUAAGUCUCAUUUUAAAAGGUAUUUCGGAGUGAAUAUUAACUGUAAGUAUAAAAUGUCGGCUCCUUGAUAUCAGUGAGCUUUUGUGUGCUGUGUGAAGGUUUUCAAGUGGUGGCUUGUGAUCACUGAUGGUUUGGUCAGCCACAGGAAAACACGUUAACACAAACACACACAGACUCAAACUGCAGGGAGUCAACAUGUUUAGCACUCAGUGGUCAGGACUUCAUUUAAAACCAGAGCAAAUAACAAGUACUGUGGGUGCCUGAUUCCAGUAACUUUAAACUGAUGAAGUAUUAUAGAUAUGUUGUUUGAUUAUAGUAUUAAAUGUUUAAAAUGAUUGUGUAAUUUGAAACAGAAACUAAACAAUACGUGUAUUUGUGCAGUGAAGUUGAUGCCGACCAAUUUUAAUAUUUACAUUGUUUAUUUUAUAAAAAUGUACACCUGAAGACAACGUCAUUUUUACUCUAAAUGCUGAUUUUUCUUGCUUGAACUGUGAUCUGUGCUUUGUGUGAAGUAUUAUAUCGGUGGUGCAAAGUGUGGUCAUUCUGCAUUUUAUAUACAGUUUGAUAUUGUUUGUUUAUUGUCUGUUGAUUCAGGAUGAUUUUUCAGACUACUCGGCACGUUGUAACUGUACUUAUUUUUGAGUAUUUGUUGGUAUAAGGAGCUGUUUUCUGUCUCAGGGCAAGCCCUUUACAUGCCUGGAAAAGGGAUUGAAGGAUGGGGGGAGGAGGAGGAGGAGGAGUGAGAGGCCCAGUAAAGGGACUGAGUGGUUCUGUCCAGCUAAUCUCUGCUGAGGCAGCACACAUGGUGGAUUGCAAAAUGGAACAAAGAUAUGUGACCCCUCUCCACAUUCUUCUCUAAGGCCGUGCAUGAAGCUGGUCCUCUGUUUCUUUGGCAGUGCAGUGGAGUUAGAAGGCUGCUGCAGCCUUACAGGAAUGUGAUAAGUGUUGUGCAAUUUCUGGGCCCUGGCUUCUGACUGACCCUCCGGAUCAGAGUAGCAGGAGAGCUGGCGGGCUCACAAUAAACAUUUCAUGGUUACUAUUCAGAACCGUUUCACUGGAGAGGGUCCUGGUGAUAUUCUCAUAUAUUAACAAAUAAAUGUGUGUGCGUGUGCGUGUGCGUGUGCGUGUGCGUGUAUAAAAAAACAACAUUCACGGCUGGAAUUUGCUAUGGUGGUGAAACACAAAGGGGCCAAAAUGCCUCUUAUCUAAAGCACAAUUAUUAUAAGCAUAAAAAUCCUUCCUUUUAUAUUUACAAAUGGGACACUGAUGCUUUAUUAUGAACCAAAAUAGUCCCCAUUAUUGAGGGUGUUGUCUUUAUUGAUAUUUUUAUAGAUCUUCAUUUCUAAUUGAUGCGUGAAAACAUUUAAACUGCAGACACAGGUGGCAAGAGGGGUCCCUAGUAGUAGCAGCCUUGAGUGAAGCCAUGUGAUCCUCUCACACGCAUGCCCUCCCCAGCUGUGAAGAGACAGGUCAGGCUUUCUGUUCCUCUUAAUUGCGGGCCUCCCAGCUGUUAUCAAGGGCUUGCUCUGAGACAGAACUGAACCACUCCCGCUCUUGGUGUCUAAGUGAGAAACUGGCUGGUUGACUCUCGGCUGUGUGAUCUAUUCCACAACAUCACAGGCUAAUCGGGUGAAUUCUGCGAUAAGUCAAACAGCAGUCCGCACAUUGCAAGGCUCCCAUUCAGUAAUUUAACGCACCCAAAAUAUUUUGGUGCAUUAAAUUAUUGAAUGGCAAGCCUUGCAGUGUGCGUACUGCUGUUUGACUUGUCGUAACUUUCAUUGCUGUUCUGUCCAGCACCUGCCCUAACUACAGGUGCGCAUACCCCUACCACUCUCGUUUACAGGGUAGUCAGGGGGCGUUACCACCAGCCAUACCCAGGUUUAAUGGGAGUGACAGUCCCCAAAUCAGAGGCUUACAGAUGACUAUCAUUGGCCUGUAAAACCAUUAACCCUGAGAUCCAGCAGUAUUUCAGUUAAUCUAUAAAGCAAUGCAGAAAACAUAUGAGAUGUAAAUGGCCAAAUGGAUUACCCCUUUGGAGAAUUUGUUACUCUUAGGUGGGGGUUCCACGUGGGGGGGGGGGGCUUUGUAAAAUUGUGCUGUAAUUUUUCAGAAUAUCAGAAUAUCCAAAAUCACUCGUGGAGCCCCUACCAUUAUAUGAAUGAUAUGUGCUGUCUGACAGACGUAUAUAUACAUAUUGUGUACUUUUAUUAAUAUAUAUGGCUAAAUUACGUGCCUAUUAUCUUGGCAUACAUUUGUAUUUACAUUUUUUUAAAUAUGUAAACCUGAUUGUAUGUAUUUUAGUUGCUCCUUAAAAAGGCAUAGCCCUUCGAGUGGUGGAGCACUGUUUUGUGCCAUGGGGUAAUGUCCACAUCGCCCCUAUGUUUGAUAUGAUUGGAUCAGUGUUUGAUGAUGUGGCUGCUGGGUAAGUGCUGUUGAUGCUGUUGAUGGAUUUCCUGUUCCUGCUCUCUGCAGCAUCUGCUGCAGGGCCCUGCUGGGCUGCAAAGACAGGUGUGGGAAAAACAGCCGGCCAGAACCAGGCUGGGAUGCCCCUUGUGCUUUCUUUUCAUAAUUGGUGUUAUUGUUAUUGAUUACUGAUAUGCUUUGCUUAUAAAUACUGACGUGUGAAUAAACGCCUUAAAGUGA